AUGUCCCUCUAUCCUCAGCCCCACACCCAGGUGUUCAAUUCUCCACCAUAUCCCGCUCAAGGUUACGGUCAGCCGUUGAUACCACCGACGAGCUACCACUACCCUCCGCCAGUCCAGCCUACUUUCCAUGUCGACCCGCAGACAUUUCGUCGCGAUUAUACGACGCGGUUAGCUGAUUUGACUGUCAAUUCUAGGCCGAUUAUUCAGAAUCUAUCCAUGAUUGCCCAAGAGUAUUCUCGGUAUGCGGAGAUUGUUGCCCAAUGCAUUGAAAUGCAUAUACGCAGGGUGCCACUUUGGAUGAAGUUACCCGCGUUCUACCUUCUCGAUGCAAUGUCCAAGAAUGUCUUCGAUCCUUAUGCUAGAUGUUUUACGCCUCUCGUCGUCACGCUCUUCAUCGACACGUAUGAGCAGGUCGACCCGAGCACGCGCAGUAAAAUGGAGGAAAUGCUCCUGACUUGGCGCACUGGGGCGCCUAAUGGACGCGAAUUAUUUGGUGUCGUUCCACAGGUCGCGAUCGAACGUCACAUUUGGGGAGGAGAUACUACAAUGACUGCUUCAUCAAGUAGAUCCGGCGGGUCAUCAUCAAUAUCAACAGCGCAAGUCCUCAGUGAACUUGAAUUCGUCCUCAGCCAGAAAGAACGAACUUUGCAGGCAAAUCCAUACGACAAGCUCGCUCAGAAUCAUGUUGCCGUUCUGCAACAGCUACGAAAGCUAGUGCAAGCGGGGGUCUCACAAGAAGAGCUUAACCAGAUACUUACUCAAUUGCGCAGCCUCGCUCAGCCUGCUUCGUCAUCUCCGCCGCCUGUUCCUGCGCCUGUACCACAGUCGUACUCCACUGCGUCAUAUUCUGUAUCUCCGCCAAGCUACCCUACUCCGAUAGAUCAGACUAUGUAUCCUUCGCAGCCAGCCUACCCAACAGCUUCCUUUAGUGUUUCCAAGACUGAACCGGUUGACUUCAGCUUGCUGGUCCCUCAACCAACCGCUGCUUCGUCGGUUUCUGCUACCGUCUCAGCACCGUCUGCGCCCGCGAGUAAUAUCGCGAACUUGUUCAAUGCUCUUGUCAGGACAGGUGUACUAUCUACUUCCGGUACGCCUACCGGUGCAGGUACAAUAGCUAAGACGGAGGAGGCCGCUGCGCCUGCGCCCCCAGAUCCUGAGAAGGAGGUUGCUAAAGUCUACAGGAAGACAAUUCUAGCUAAUAAGCUAAAGCUGACUAGUGCUGAUAUUGUAAGGCAACGGCUCAACGUGGCCAGUCUACUCUACAAGCGAUUACCCGUACAGUGUAAGCAAUGCGGUGUUCGUUUCCCCGACGGACCCAAGGGCAGGAAGACCAUGGAGGGUCACCUAGACAUGCAUUUUCGGCAGAAUAGGAAAGCGAGCCAGGCGGUAAGUCGAGGAUACAGUCGCAGUUGGUUUAUCAGCGUGGAGGAUUGGGUUCAUGAUGGGUCGAUUGAUAUUAAAGGCAAGGGCCGUGCGGAUGGUCGUAAAAUAAAUUCAAGUGCAGCUGCUGCCGCAGAGGCGGCUAAGCGUGAGGCCGAACUUCGAGCACUUUUCGUGGUAGUUCCUCCGGGUGAUGAGGCGAAACCUAUAUCAUGUCCCAUUUGUAAGGAAAUCCUGAAGUCGGAAUUCCUGGAAGAUGAUGAAGAGUGGGUGUGGCGGAACGCUGUCAGACGCGAUGACAAGAUAUAUCAUGCGACAUGUCAUGCGGAAGCGACAGCAUCUAAGUCUACGCUUGCGGUGCGACUUCGGAAUGAGGUGUCGUCGAGUCGUAGUCGUUCGCAAACUCCUGAGAAACAGAUAUUGCGGACGCCCCCAAAGGUGUCCCUUUCAUUCAGUGGGGAGCAGAGGAAGGCGAAUUCGCCGUCGCCGACAACACCAAUGGGAAUGAAGCGUAAGGCUGACGAUGAUGCAUCCAAUUCGUCGCUAGAGACUAUGCGAGGCGAGCCCCCAACGAAAAAACUGGCCGUCUCAGCGUAA